ACCAUCGUCUAGGGUUUAAGCUCAAGUGCUCCAGUGACGAAGAGUUCCUUUUGUCCCUGCAAUGGCUACUGCACUUCGAUUGCUCUACUCCAAAACGACGUCGUCCAGAAACCUGUUUGCCUCUUCCAUCAACAGUCGUUUCGGAACUCUGCAGUCAUUUCUCUGGCAGUGUCAGGAAUCGUUUUCGUACAGCGGAAGGGAUUUUCAUGCCCGAAGCUUCGCUACCGAGGCUUCGGAAGUCGUCACCCAAGACCUGAAUUCAUCUGUUUCCGCCGCUCUCAACCUCGAUAAACGUGUCCCAGCCACCGUCAUCACAGGAUUUCUCGGCUCCGGAAAGACUACCCUUCUGAAUCAUAUUCUGACAUCAAACCAUGGCAAGCGAAUUGCUGUUAUCGAAAAUGAGUUUGGUGAAGUGGAUAUUGAUAGUUCGUUAGUUGCUAGUCAUGCCUCAUCUAAUGAGGAAAUUAUCAUGGUAAAUAAUGGCUGUCUAUGCUGUACUGUUCGAGGAGAUCUAGUCAAAAUGCUUUUGGAGUUGGUGAAGGAGAAGCGAGACAAAUUUGACCAUAUUGUUAUUGAAACAACGGGUCUUGCGAAGCCUGGUCCAGUGAUUGAAACAUUUUGUAGCGAUGAACUACUUUCACGUCAUGUGAAACUUGACGGAGUUGUUACUUUAGUAGAUUCUGUGAAUGCUACAAAACAUUUGGAUGAAGUAAAACCAAGGUUUGUUGUGAAUGAGGCUGUGGAACAAAUUGCUUAUGCUGACCGAAUUAUAUUGAACAAAAUAGAUUUGGUUGGUGAGCCUGAAGUGAAGACAUUAACCGAACGGAUUAAGCAUAUCAAUGGGAUGGCACAAAUAAGACUAGCUAAGUAUGGGGUGGUUGAUAUGGACUUUGUUUUGGGAGUGGGAGGUUACGAUCUUGACAGAGUUGAGUCCGAAGUGAACUCGGACGAUUCUCAUUGUUCUCAUUCUCAUCAUGAAACUAGACAUGGUCAUCAUCACGACCACAAACACGAUUCCGCUGUCUCCAGCGUCAGCAUUGUUUCUGAAGGAACCUUAGAUCUCGAUUACUUUGACGAUUGGCUUGAACGGCUCGUAGAAGAAAAGGGCGACGAUCUUUACAGGAUCAAGGGAAUAUUGUCGGUCAGCGACUCCGAGCAGCGCUAUGUCUUCCAGGCUGUACAUGCUAUCUUCGAUGGGUGCCCGGGCAAGGAAUGGGGGACAGACGAGAAGAGGGUAAACAGGCUUGUCUUUAUCGGAAAGAACUUGGAUGAAACCGCGCUGAGGAAAGGCUUUAAAGGCUGUUUAGUAUGAUCGAAAAGAAUCUUCAUUGUUGUUAUAUGGAAAAUUCCGAAUUAUUUACGAGAAUGAACGGUGCCGGGUUUUCGGAAUCGGGUUAGUUGUUUCUACUUCCUCUCAGGUAUUUUGACAUCUUUCUUGUCAUGGUAUAUUUGGUUCUUGUUUCUGACAAGUAAUUGUUGUACGAACUUGCUCGAGUGUUUGAACAUUUCAUAUAUAUAUAUAUAUAUAUCAGUAAUACUAAUAUACUGCCAAUAUUGUAUAGAUGGAUGGGGAAGGUCACAGCACUGAUAAAAUACAGAAACACAUAUAAUCUUUAUUAUAUAUUGCACAUGCUCUUUGUAAUAAAGAUAUUUGUUGUUUAUUUAUAA